CAACCGCACGGGAGAACGCGGAAAAGCAGAUGCCUAUUGCGUAGCGAGCGGCGGCCACGCCACACAACACACCUAUCGCUUUCCGCCGCCGCCGCCGCGCCCCCGACCGUCCCUUGCCUCUCGCGCCUCACCUCCUCCUCCUAAACCCUGCUUGAACCCUAGCCACCGACCGCCUCCGGGAGGGAGCAUGCACGCCAGGCUCCUCAACGCCCCCUCCCCUCCCUCCUCCGCCUCCUCCUCCAACAGCGGCCGCCCCUGCCGCGUGUCGUGGAAGACGCGACUCGCUCGGGGAGCUCCCGCCUCCCCGCCGCCGCCGCCGCCGCCGCUCUCGCUGCGCGCCCAAGCCUCCAUGCAGCCGGCUACGCCCGAGGGGCACGGCGGCCCGCCGGUGCACGGCGUGUCCAACACGGUCGUCGGGGUGCUGGGGGGAGGGCAGCUGGGGAAGAUGCUCUGCCAGGCUGCGAGCCAGAUGGGAGUGAAGGUUGUCAUCCUGGACCCCCUCGAGGACUGCCCGGCGAGCUCUGUUUGCAGUGAGCAUGUCGUCGGGAGCUUCAACGACGGCGACACAGUCCGCGAGUUCGCCAAGAGGUGUGGUGUCCUAACCGUGGAGAUCGAGCAUGUUGAUGCCGCAACACUCGAGAAGUUGGAAAAACAGGGUGUUGAUUGCGAGCCUAAAGCCUCAACAAUCAUGAUUAUUCAGGACAAAUACAGGCAGAAAGACCAUUUCUCGAAAUUCGGAAUCCCAUUACCUGACUUUAUAGAAGUAGAUACUUUACAGAGUAUAGAGAAAGCAGGGGAAAUGUUUAGCUACCCUCUAAUGGUAAAAAGCAAGAGAUUAGCAUAUGAUGGCAGAGGCAAUGCUGUUGCCCAAAGGAAGGAGGAGCUAUCUUCUGUUGUUGCUUCACUGGGUGGGUUUGAGCAUGGCUUGUAUGUUGAGAGAUGGACCCCUUUUGUAAAGGAGCUUUCUGUAAUUGUGGCAAGGAGCAGAGAUGGUUCUACAGUAUGCUAUCCCGUUGUUGAAACCAUUCACAUGGAUAACAUAUGUCAUGUCGUCAAAGCUCCUGCUGAUGUAUCUGACAAAAUAAAGAAGUUAGCUACUAGCGUGGCUGAAGAAGCUAUCAAAUCAUUAGAAGGUGCUGGUGUUUUUGCUGUAGAGUUAUUCUUAACAGAAGAUGAUCAGAUUUUAUUGAAUGAAGUAGCCCCUAGGCCUCACAAUAGUGGGCAUCACACAAUUGAGUCAUGUUACACCUCACAAUACGAGCAGCAUUUACGCGCUAUUCUUGGCCUUCCUCUUGGUGAUCCUUCUAUGAAAGCACCUGCAGCAAUAAUGUACAACAUCCUGGGCGAGGAUGAGGGUGAGGCAGGGUUUAUUCUGGCUCAUCAGCUGAUUGAGAGGGCACUAAAUAUUCCAGGUGCAUCAGUCCAUUGGUAUGCAAAGCCAGAGAUGCGAAAGCAAAGAAAGAUGGGCCAUAUUACUAUUGUGGGGCAUUCUAAGGUCAGUGUGAAAGAACGCUUGGACAAGUUGCUGCAAAGCGACACAUAUGACCCCAAUAAAGUUAGCCCUCGUGUUGCUAUAAUAAUGGGGUCUGAUUCUGAUCUUCCCGUAAUGAAAGAUGCUGCGUUGAUGCUGACGAAAUUCAACAUACCUUUUGAGCUUACGAUUGUUUCAGCACAUCGUACACCAGAACGGAUGUAUGAUUUUGCUAAGUCUGCUAAGGACAGGGGCGUGGAGGUCAUAAUUGCAGGUGCAGGCGGAGCAGCUCACUUACCAGGGAUGGUAGCUUCACUGACUUCUCUUCCAGUAAUUGGAGUCCCCAUUGAGACUAAGUCAUUGAAGGGGGUUGAUUCCCUUCUAUCUAUUGUGCAAAUGCCUUCUGAUGCGUUUGCAUUUUGUGUUGUCUGAAUUCUUCCCUCUCAAAGGUCAUCAUUGGGAUAUAGGGUCUGUUUGCGGUUGCUGUGCUGCGUUGCGCUGCGCUGUGUAAUCUAGUUAGAGGAAUAUUUACCAUUCCUAGUGUGAUUUUUGUUGUUACAGAUCCUAAAAAGAUGCUUCCAACUAACAAUUGCACCCAACUUUUAAAAAGCCUGCAAUGCCAAACGGAGCCAUAAUUUUGCAUUUCUCAUUUUUCAUCAUGGGCACAAAUUUUCUAUUUCCGGUGCAAGCUUAGAAUGUUUAGUGGGCCCUGUAUUCUAGAAUAAUUCUUUCUGGCAUGGGCUUGAUACAUUGUUCAAUCCUGAUACUUUCUUUGAUAAUGUGCAUGUUAGAACGAUAUCAAUCUACUGUUAUAUCGCAUUUUAGUGAAUGAAGUUUGGCAGCUACGACUUAGGCACCCUUGAAGCCUCACUAGCACAACUGACUUUUUCCACUAAGGGAAUGAUAACCACCUAAAGGCAUGCAUGUACAUGGCUACAAAAUCAGGAUGUGUUUUCCUAAUGAAGAGUGUUUCAGAGCUCCCACUGAGAUGAAUUAUUACUGAUUAUCAUUUAGCAUUAGAACUAUUAGUCUAGUUGUCAUUCAUGUAUGCGCGGCUUUCCUUUGUUUUUCAUCACUGAUUUCUUAUGGAUGAAGUUGAUUGGGGUGCUGGUAUUCUCACCAAUU